AUGCGCGCGGAGCAGAAAAUGCUGGAUUCCGAUUCAUUGCCUCAAUCACAAUCAUGCCUGCAGGCUGAUGACCCCUCCUCGGCCGGUCACCCGGGAGAUAUCUCACCAGGCCAAGAGGGAAUGAAGCUGGACUUGAAAGUUGGCAUGUCUCAAGCACAAGGUAGUCAGAAGAGUGCUACCUAUGGUGCUUAUUGUGUUAGCUAUAGAGGGCAUAGAAAAUUCCAAGGAACUCCGCUUUUCAGCUGCUACGAAGAUGCGGCAGCAAACGACAAGCAGCAGCCCCUCACCAGAAGAAAGGAAAGAGCACCUCUUCCUGGCUCCUGCACCCCUGCCUUACGACAUCCACCACCAAGAAGUUACGGGUACGUACCUUCCCUCUGUCAGACCUUGCCCAAGGCGGUCACAGAUACAGGCUCUCGUAGGCGCCUAGAAAUGCUGUUGCCCAUCACCGAACGACUAAGAAGCGAAAGACGAACCUCAGAAACAGCACGUCAAACUUCCCUUCCCAUGCCUCGUGCUUCCACUAUCUAUCUCAAAUCAACACCCGGCCACGCUCUCCUCCACCACUGCCACACGAACUUCACCACGACAACUAGCUGUGCCUUUCGCCAACCUGACGUCGGAUCGUUGGCAUGGUCUGCAUGCUCGCAACCUCCUGAUAAUAUCUGCCAUACCACUAUCCUGGUUGCGUCGUCUCGGAUUUUAGAGCCCCCCCAAUCCCACAACGACCGCCGCUCGCCCUCAACCAACCCAUUGCAUCACCCGCACGCGAUCCACUCCGAUCGCUCACAACCACGACGUCGACUCUCCUGA